AUGGAAAUAGUGAAAGGGUACAAUAGAAGGAAUCUCGAGAGAAGAGGUAUGUUAAAGGUGGAUUUUCGGAAAGCUUUCGACUCGGUCCGCUGGGAUAUCGCGGCAUUGAGAGGUUACAUCUUGUAUCACCCGAACACAGCGGAUCUGGAAAUCUCACACUUAAUGUUUGCUGAUGACGUGAUGAUUUUCUUUGACGGGAGCUCUUCUUCCUUGCACGGGAUUAGUGAGACUCUAGACGAUUUUGCUUCUUGGUCAGGCCUUCAUAUGAAUCAGGAUAAGACCCAGCUAUUUGUCGCAGGUUUGAACCACGAUGAAACCACUGCAAUUGCAAGCUAUGGUUUCCCGAAUGGUACUCUACCUAUUAGAUAUCUGAGCUUGCCACUUAUGCACCGGAAACUAAGAUUAUCUGAGUAUACUCCGCUAUUGGAUAAGAUAGCCAGAAAUUUCAGAGCCUGGUCUGUAAAAUUUCUUUCUUUCGCUGGAAGAUUACAGCUUAUCUCCUCAGUAAUUGUUAGAGUAGUCAACUUCUGGAUAUCAACUUUUAUAUUGCCUAAGGGCUGUAUCAAAAAGAUUGAGUCCCUCUGUACUAGAUUUCUGUGGGCUGGGAAAAUUGAUGGUCGAUGUCAGGCGAAAGUCUCCUGGGAUAUUGUCUGCUUGCCUAAAAUAGAAGGAGGAUUGGGCCUUCGCCGCAUUGUGGAUUGGAACAGAACGCUCUGUCUUAGAUUGAUUUGGCUCCUUUUCUCCAAAAGCGGUUCACUAUGGUUGCAUUGCAAAGACAUCACCACCUUAGAAGAGUAA